CAGGAUGUGGACAACAUCCUGAUACAAGAAGUUUCUGUGAUUCGGAAUCUGUUCUCCCGUGGUUCACAUAGCUCUUCGAGACGUACAGAAUACCUAAUUUUACUCAUGUUCUGUCAAACUAUCAUUUCGGACCCCGUACCUGAGCUCUUCAAAUUCGCACUUCCUCAUGCUGUCCAACUUGCCGAAAGUGGUCAAACUCUGCGCGAUCGUAGGAUUGCGUAUCAGUAUUGCAUCCAGUAUCUUCCUCCUGACCAUGAGUUGAGCCUUAUGCUAGUGAAUACCAUUCGAAAAGACUUGGAAAGUAGAAAUGAUGCCCGCAUAUCGCUGGCGCUCGACUAUUUGCUCCAGUUGCCCGCCCGGAUGCGACCACUCAUCAAGCGACAAGCGUUACUAGUAAUCAACUCUCUGCUCAAAUUUGACAGGAGCUUAACCACACAUUUGGUGCCGAGAUUACUGAAACGAGCCAAGAAUAGCGAGCUUGGCAUCGCUGUCAUUGCUCUGGAUCUACUGUUUCACUCUCAGCAGAAUACUGUCACUUCAGAUGAUAUUAUUCAGAUCCUGCUGAGCCGCAUGUGGACAGUUUCGGGUCCUUCUCAGCCACUGAUUAAGUCUCUCGAGUUGUUAGAGCAGUUGCUGAUAAAUGACACGGGCACUCCACAUGAAGAUACAGCCAUUAAUGUGCUAUCACGACUUCUUUCCACCACUGGCAACCGCACGGCCUUGGAGUACGGGGUCUUGUUGGGGACGUGUCGUUGCCUUUCUCGUUUGUCCCCGUCAAAGCUUGCAGAUAGAUUCAAUAACGGUGUUGAAUCGACGCCCAAAGUAGCACCAUUGACCCAUUUGCGCCCACUCUUGUCAUCUGACAAUCCUAAUGCUGUAUACGCGUUUCUUUCAUGUUUGGCUGUCCUGAGUCCUUCCCUGUGGGCGGGCUCCGGAGCCGAUAUAUCGCAUACCGAGCAGACAACACUGAAAGAACAGGAAGUUGGGAAGAUAAUGAUGUUCCUCGAUUCAAAUGAUGCAUCUCUCCGUCAGAAGGCGUACGCCGUUCUCAAUGCCGUAGAUGCGGCUCUGCUCCGAGCCCAUUACGCUACAAUAAUGAAUGCCGUAUCCAUCCUCCCCCCCGGCAAUGUCGCAGGUGGGGGUCAACCUGCUAUACGGGCGUUGGAGGUUCUAGAAGCUCUCAAACCUUCAACACAGACUUAUAUUGAUGGCAUCAAAAGUAUCUUAAUUAAGAUUGAAGAACCGUAUUCAACGUCAGUGUCCAAAGGAAGAGGGUCGUCCGUUUCAGGUUCCACUACUCGGAAUCUCCGCCAUUCUCUCCCAGUGAUGGAGGCUUUCGUUGAAAAGGUUCUGCUUCACCUGACUCAAGUCCCAACUGAAGAUCGCAAGAUGGUCGUUCACGCGAUGAUAGCCAUAGGGAUCAAUGAUGGGCACCUUAUAGGCUCACCGCGCUCGUUCCAUCGUUCAAAUGUGGCGAAGUGCCCUUACGGACCAACUGGCUACACAUUGCUCGCUGCGGCGGUUGCUGAAUACGGGGGCCUUGUCGAUGUGUCCGCGGAAUCGAUGUUACAAGCACUCAUUAGACCCUUAAAGCUAGCUUCCCCCGCCGUCCAAGAAGUUCUAUUGCUUUCGGUCUUAAGGGUGCUUUCUCGUUGUGAUCAACGACCACUCUGGCUCUACGAAACGAUAUCAGCCAUCAAGAUUCGAGCCGGUCGCCAUAUCGCCUUCAGAUGUCAACAGAUUCUUGACUUAUCUGAGAAAUUAGAUGAGCUAAGAAGAAUUGUGGCGACUGCCAAAUCGUCCUCUCUCCCAGAUUUUCUCUUCGCUUUGGAGUCAAGGUCCCUGCCUUCAGAUCUCCCCGAAACGGUCGCCUCCCCAGUACCGAAAGCUACAAAGCUGCGAUACGCGUCAUAUGAGCCACCACCUUCGGUGGCACCGCGCGGGCGAAGACCACGAGGCUCGUCGCGCUCGACCUCGGUGUCUGCGCACUCUCACCAGGAAGUCACCGAUUCUGAUGAGCCGUUGUCUCGAACGAUGACUGCCGGUGAAUUGACACUGACAAGCGGAUCCCGAUGGUUUCAGCCCUCAAAGUCGAAGACCCGUCAAGCGGAACAGAGAAAUUUCGACCUAAUUACCGACCGCCUUGAUUUAAUAUCCUUGGACACUCCAUUCCGCACUGAAAACCAAAUCCAAAGUUUAUCACCUGUGUUGCAGCCAUCCAGCCCGCUUGCAUCAGAGGAAUUCAACCUCAUCUGGGGCCAAACGGCCAGCCCCAGAGCAUCAGCGCGUGGUUGGAGUUCCUCCUCGCCUUUAUCUCUUAAGACGCGCUUGGAAAUCUCCUCUUCAUACUCAGCCUUAUCUGUCCAAAAACAACCCCAUGAUCCUUUCACUCCAGAGCCCGCCGAAAUCCUUGUCUUGGUCCAUUCCAGUCAAAGGGACUCGAAAGUCGCAGUUAGGCUUCAGCCAGGAGCCGAUGGAAGCUGUCUCUGGCAAAUUAGGGGCGGUGACCAAGAGGCCCUAUCAGACCUGAAGCGUGUCUUUUCCGAGGAUGAUUAGUAACUUGCGAUCUCAAUCUUACUCACUAGAACAUUAGACUACAUAUUUUGUAUAUUUUCCUUCCACCGCAAGGCAAGGGCCCAAUGCUCAAUACUACAGGUUGGAUAGUCUUGCA